AUGUCCUCGUCGUGCCAAGGUCUCCUGGCCGCCCUCAAAGAUUGCUUGAUGCACUCUGACUGUGUUGUCAAAGAUGGAAAACUCCCGUCUGAAUGCCUGAAGGAGCACCCGGACGAACUGCCAGAGGCAUGUCAGUCACUACGCAAGGCGACAUUUGAAUGUAAACGGGGAAUGCUAGAUAUGCGGAAGAGAUUCCGAGGGAACAUUGCUGGCUCGCAAUUCACAUUCGAACCGGAAAAGGCGCGACAGGCAGAGACGUCAGAGUAA